AAAAUAAUGUACCCGAAUAGGAAGACACCGAAUCCUCGGAUUCGGGUUUGCCGCCGAUUAUUUUUAGCCUCCGUCGCUGUUCGUUUCAGCGGCGAAGAGAAUUGAAAAGCGGAGGUAGAGACUUCGCCGGGAGUAGGGCAUGACCACGGCAGCAACGCCAGCGGCUUCGGGAGACCCCUCCGCAGCGAAUUCUAAGACGGUACUGAUAACGGGAGUGAGCCGGGGUUUAGGCAAAGCCCUAGCUUUGGAAUUGGCCAAGCGCGGCCAUGUCAUAGUCGGCUGCUCCCGCGCCUCGGAUAAGCUUUCGUCUCUCCAGUCGGAGCUCUCGGCGGCCUCGGAGAACAGGAGCAACUGUGACAAACACAUUAUCAUGACUGUCGAUGUGAGGUCCAACAGCAGCGUUGAGGUGUUUGCGCGUGCAGUGGCGGAGAAAAAAGUUGUUCCUGAUAUUAUAGUAAACAAUGCUGGGACAAUCAAUAGGAACAAUAAGAUAUGGGAGGUCCCAGAUGAUGAAUUUGACAAUGUAAUCGACACUAAUAUCAAGGGAACAGUUAAUAUAUUACGCCACUUCAUCCCACUUAUGAUUGAGAGAAAGACUGGGAUAAUAGUCAAUGUGUCAUCUGGAUGGGGAAGGUCUGGUGCUGCGCAGGUGGCGCCUUAUUGUGCUUCGAAAUGGGCUAUAGAAGGCUUGAGCAGGUCUGUUGCAAAGGAACUACCUCCUGGAAUUGCUGUUUUGGCGCUUAGUCCGGGUGUUAUUAAUACGGAGUUGCUUCAGUCGUGUUUUGGAACUUCAGCUGCUCUAUAUCCAACGCCCGAUUCAUGGGCUCCAAAAGCAGCCACUAUGAUCCUUCAUCUGACCGUGGCAGACAACGGUGCAUCUCUCACCGUGUGAAGCUCUUGAAUUGUUGGCUGACAACAAUUCAUCGGUUUGUUCAAAUUCUCCUCACCCUCCGAGAGAUUUUGUUGUGAAUUCUUGAAAGAUGAAAAGAAUUGUGCAGAUCUUCCAGUUGGUAAUAUUUUUCUUUGUAGAAUGAAUCAUUCAUGUCAAUUGAAUUUGUUAGGUUCAGAGUCAUUCUAGUGUUUUUGCAGUUACUUGUGUCAAUGCUUUCCUCCUUGUAAACUACGAUUCCUUUACAAUAUACUCCAUCUCUCUCACAUAAGUUUCUAUUUUCUAUU